GCCAAACUGCUGGUAUCAAAAGCAAGAAGAAGAGAGGCAGCGCCGUCAGCGAGAGAAAGAAGAGCAGCGCAAGACCCAUCGUGAACAAACUAGAGCCGAGCAGGAUGCCUGGCAGCAAGAUUGGAUAAAGAACAAACGGGAACAGGACAAAGUUGACAAAGAGCGAAAGCGACAGGAAGAAGACAACAAGCGGCAGCAACAAGAGAAGGAGACAGCGCAGAAGCAGCAGGAAGAAGCUGAGAGACAAAGGAAGCGCCAGGAGGAAGAUAUUUGGAAAAAGAAGGAGGAGGAACUGCAUCGCAAGGCGCAGAAGGAAGCAGAGGCGGAGCGAGCUGAGCGAGUUGAGCGACAGAAACAGGACGAGCAGAGCAACUUGGAUGGCGUUACUUGA